GUUCGUUUAUUUUAUUGUAGAUUUUGUUCGUCAUCUUACUGACAUUUCAUCCACACUUUGUGAUUUCCUGUGAUGUAAGCGAGUAUGAACAUGCAGGUGACUGCUGUACCAUGUGUUCACCAGGCACUAUAGUAUUUAAACAUUGCACCAAAAUAUUAGGUACAAUAUGCAAGGCAUGUACUGCUGGAGAAUAUAUUGAACAUCCCAAUGGAUUAGAUAAAUGCUUCAAAUGUAAAGCUUGUGAUCCAGAGAUGGGACUUCAAAUUAAACAGCCUUGCAUUUAUACACGCAAUACAGAGUGUAAGCCCAGAAACGGACAUUACUGCAAAGACAAAAACUGUCAGAUGGCAUUUAUUCACAAAACGUGCCCUCCAGGUGAAGGAGUUAAGGAAAAAGCACUGUAA